UCCAGACAUUGGUGAAUGGCCUCCUUCCAGUCCAAUCCAGCGAGAUCGGGGAGUGCUUGUGGAUCAAUGAAGUUAGCCCCAGUCCGGUACAAAGCCUUAAUGGUCUCGUCUUCCAAAGAGCUGGAGUGGACCAGGCAAAGGAACCUCUCUGUGAAGGCUGUUCCUGUGUGGGCUCUCUCUCUGCCGCUGCCUGCCAUCGUCAUGAUCUCUGUGGGGAUCUAUAUGAUUGUCCUUGCGGCUGUGCUGUGGUGUCAUCACUGUCUCAAGGCCAAGUGUGAUCCACAGUGUUCAGAUUGCUGUGCAGGUUUCUCUCCUUGUGAGUACUGUUUAGUGUGUGCCCAGUCAUGUGACUGUCGUCCCCCCUCUAUGCGAUCCUGCCUGGACUACUCCUGCCCCUCCCCUAAUUGUGCGAUGUGGGAUUGUGCUUGUACCUGUCAACCGCCAGAGUGUGACUCCAUCAACUGCUUCUGCUUUGAGAUCAAGUUUAAGUAGAAGGAAUGCUGGAGGGAAAGAGAUGCCUUAAAGAUGCCUUAGAAACUCCAACUCCAAGUGACACUGAAGUAUGUUUUAAGCUAGAGAGAGAAACUGUAAUUCAAUCUUUGGUUGUUCUGUAAUGUUUGCAUCAUUUGGGAGACAUUACAGCAUCCUUCCUAUUCACGCUCAUUGAUUUAACCAAAAUUAACCUUUAAAAACUUGGUUCUAAAAGAUUUAGAUGUACAUUUUAUCGGGAAUAUACAUAGUUUAGUUGAGUCACGUAUGGAGGUAAUGAGCAAGAAUAAUCAAUUCUUAAUUGCUUAAUCUUAUGCUUAAACGUAAUAUAUACUAUAAACACAGUACUAUAUUUAAGUCAUAUUGUGAUAUCAGUAAUUCCUGAAAUACAUAAUCACUACAGAACAAUGGAAGACUAAAGCUAAGGUAAAGGUUUUAUUUUUCUUGAAUGGCUGUGCCAUGGAUUUUUAAAGCAUGACAGCAAUGGUCAGCAAUAAUUAAUUAUGCUUUGUAUAGCCAUUGUGUUUCUCUGUGGUAUCAUUUUACUUGGUAUGAUGGACAUUUGUACUUCAGUUAUGAGCCAAACAAAGAGAAGAGGGGAAUCUAUAAACCACACAUGCUGUUAAAUGUAUCUCAUUCUGACACAGAUGUCUUUGAACACAGAUGUGGACUGUAUGUUCACCUAUAUGUAUAUAAGAUACAUGUUCAUAUACUUAUAGUGACUUACCAAUUUUAGAUUGUUAAAAAAUUUUUAUUCAUACUGUAAUACUGUUUACUAAUCUAAUUGUUUACAGGACAUCAUCUUGAUUGUUGCAUAUGAAAUAUGACCUAUCUAUGUGUACAUAAUGUAUUAUGUGAAAUAUGGUACAGUUAUGUAUGUGGCCAUAUUACAGCCAGCUUACUAUGACUUACAAAGUAAACCUGCUGUGACUCAGUCACUUCUGUCUCUGUUGUCAAGCAAAACUUAAGUUGAAAUUAGUUUUUUGUAUAGAUUUUUUUAAUAUAAAUAUGUGCUAUUUUUGUAACUGUUGUUUUAAAAUGAAUUAAAGAUUUUUUUUCAUGCAAAAA